ACCUGAAGGCUGCAAAGGUGAUUUCAUCUCUUUGGCUGCUUCCUAGCGAAUCUGUGACUGUUUCCAGAGUAUAUAAGGCAGAAAUCACAACCCCAUUCGGCACAUCCCACCUCUACUACAACCCUGGUAGCGUCAAGCAUACAGCAGCGCUCCUCCCCACCAGCAAUUGCAUACGUAAUCUCUCGCUUAGAAGAAACUUUAUUUUAAACUCUCGGUUGAUACUUUCCUACACGAAGGUAUCUCAUCACUAUUAUUCAAAAUACUUUCCUCAAGACUGUCCUCCAGACUUCUCGGAAACGCUCGGUACUUUCACUACAUUAAGACAAAAAUGUCCGCUCCCGUGAAAACCCUUGAGCCCGAGUUCCACCAGGCCUACAACGAGCUGGUUUCGUCCCUUGGCACAUCCAAGGUGUUCACGAAGCAUCCCGAGCUGAAGCGUGUCCUCCCUGUCAUUUCUAUCCCCGAGCGUACUCUGCAAUUCAGAGUUACGUGGGAGGACGACGAGGGAAACUGCCGCAUCAACACCGGUUACCGUAUCCAAUUCAACUCUGCCCUCGGUCCUUACAAGGGUGGCCUUCGUUUCCACCCCAGUGUCAACUUGAGUGUGUUGAAGUUCUUGGGCUUCGAGCAGAUCUUCAAGAAUGCUUUGACUGGCCUGCCCAUGGGCGGUGGUAAGGGUGGCUCCGACUUCGACCCUAAGGGCAAGUCUGACGCUGAGAUUCGUCGCUUCUCUCAAGCUUUCAUGCGCCAGUUGUUCCGCUACGUCGGUGCCCGUACCGAUGUUCCUGCUGGUGACAUCGGUGUGAACGGAACCAUCGUCAACUACCUCUUCGGCGAGUACAAGCGUCUCCGCAACGAGUACACUGGUGUGCUCACCGGCAAGCACAUGCUCACCGGUGGCAGCAACGUCCGUCCCGAGGCCACUGGCUACGGUGUCGUUUACUUCGUCUCCCACAUGAUCGAGCACGCUACCAAGGGUGCCGAGAGUUUGGCCGGCAAGCGUGUUGCCAUCUCUGGCAGCGGCAACGUCGCCCAAUACGCCGCCCUCAAGUGUAUCGACUUGGGUGCCACCGUUUUGAGCAUGAGUGACUCCAAGGGUGCUCUUGUUACCAAGGACGGAAAGGGCUUCACCGCCGAGGACGUUCAGGCCAUCAUGGCUUUGAAGGCCCAACGCAAGUCCUUGAGCUCCAGCGAGGCUCUUUGCUCCAAGUACUCUUACCUCGAGGGUGAGCGUCCUUGGAUCCGUGUUGGCAAGGUCGACGUUGCCAUUCCCUGUGCUACUCAAAACGAAAUCAGCGGUGAUGAGGCCCGCCACUUGGUUGCCAGCGGCUGCCGUUUCGUCGCCGAGGGCUCUAACAUGAGUUCUUCCGCUGAGGCCGUCGAUGUCUUUGAGACCUCCCGUUCCAAGGGCGAGGGUCUCUGGGCUGCUCCUGGCAAGGCUUCCAACGCCGGUGGUGUCGCCGUUUCCGGUUUGGAGAUGGCCCAGAACGCUUCCUUCAGCAGCUGGUCGCCUGAGGAGGUCGACAGCCGCUUGAGAGGAAUCAUGAAGUCUAUCUUCGAGCAAUCUCUCAACGCUGCCUCCGAGUACUGUGACGCUGGCGUCAACAACACUCCCAGUUUGAUUGACGGUGCCAACAUUGCUGGUUUCCUCCGUGUCGCUCGCGCCAUGGAGUCCUUGGCCGACUGGUGGUAAACCGUUUGUCAAUGAUAGCUCUUCUUGCGUGAACCGAUAGUUUUGUUUCCUUUUUUGAUGCACCCCAAUUUUUUCAUACAGGGGAAAUAAUAAAUUUAUAGAUUAUGUCCACUA